ACUGCCCUGUACUAUGCUGUAUACAGUAAGAACACGUGCACAGCAGCAAACCUGCUUAGGCACAAGGCGAUGAUUGAAGCAAAAAACAAGGACAGCCUCACUCCACUAUUACUUGCUCUAAAAGAAAACAAUCAGCAAAUGGCAGAAUUCCUAGUGGACAUGGGAGCUAGCAUCCGCGUGACGGAUCAUCAGGGAAGAACAUCACUGAUGCUCGCAGCAGGACACAAAAGCAAAGGAACAGUCAGUCUGCUUCUGGAAAAAGGAGUUGACGUGUGUUUGAAAGAUUGCUCUGGUAGGACCGCAUUGUCCUAUGCAGUCAAUUGCAAUGAUAACCUUAAAGAAAUAGCUGUUGUAUAUGAAGAAAAGCAACGUGAAAUAUUUCAAAAUAAAUACCCAGAAGUACUUGCAGGAAAGACAUCAGAGGAAGAACAGGCAAGACUUGAUGUGUGUGAAGUUAACGAACUAAAGGAUGAACAACACUGCAGGGGACCUGAAAUAGAAAAUAUCAAAACCCCAGAAAUGUGUGAAGGUGGUGGUGCUGCUUCUGCCUCUAUUCAUGAUGAACUUCCAAAACCCAAUAAACAGCACUUGGCUCUUGAGAAGGAACAUCAUGAUCAGGCAAAAAUCAAUAUGGACAAUGAGAGGGACAUUGUCGAAGAGAUUCUGCGCAAUCAAAUUUUCUAUGAAAAGGAGGAUGAAGGAAAGGCUAGCGGAAGUGAGUAAUGAGCUUGCAAGAUGUUGUAAUGUUCAGGAAACAUCAAUGAUCCUACUGCACACCAGUCGUGUUGAAAUAACAACAUGCAGAACUGUGGCUGCAAGCUCUACCUCUCUUUCAAGUGAGCAGUAUUUUGAAGAAGAAACAUCAUAAAGUCGAGGAAGAAGAAAAUCUUUCUCAGGACCUUUGGUAACAGGACCUGAAAAGCAUG